GCAGGCGCAGGCGGCCAAGAGUCCAACCACAGUCCCGGAGCCCCAAGGUUGCGCCCGUGCCUUCGCGGCCACUGCCACCGCUCACUAUGAUCCCGGGUCCCCGUCUGCUGCUGGCCACGGUGCUCUGCCUGGGGCUCGGCGCGCUGGUGUCUUCUUCGGGGUCCUCGGGCGUCCGAAAGCGAGGUCCCUCGGUGACCGCCAAGGUCUUCUUUGAUGUGAAGAUUGGAGACAAAGAUGUGGGUAGAAUUGUGAUUGGCCUCUUUGGAAAAGUGGUACCCAAGACGGUGGAAAACUUCGUGGCUCUGGCAACAGGAGAGAAAGGCUACGGGUAUAAAGGAAGCAUCUUCCAUCGUGUCAUCAAGGACUUCAUGAUUCAAGGAGGGGACUUCACCGCGAGGGAUGGCACCGGAGGUAUAAGCAUUUAUGGUGAGACAUUUCCUGAUGAGAACUUCAAACUCAAGCACUAUGGCAUUGGGUGGGUCAGCAUGGCCAACGCUGGCCCCGACACCAAUGGCUCCCAGUUCUUCAUCACCUUGACCAAGCCCACCUGGCUGGAUGGCAAACAUGUCGUAUUUGGAAAAGUCCUGGAUGGGAUGACUGUGGUACACUCCAUAGAACUUCAAGCCACGGAUGACCAUGACCGCCCACUUACCGACUGCACCAUCGUCAACAGUGGCAAAAUAGAUGUGAAAACGCCUUUCGUGGUCGAGGUCCCCGACUGGUGAUAGACAUGGCGGAAAUCAAGGAACACACUCUGGCUGGUCCAUGUGUGCAUCUGCUAUCCACCAGGUGUCUUUUGACUCUUUAGGUAAAGUUGUACUUAAAACAACAACAGCAACAAAACAUUCUCUUUUAAUUUCCCACUCCAGAUUGCAACGAAGAUUUAAAAAUCAACCACACAGCCAGAUGUCCUGGCAAACACCUGUAAUCCCAGCACUAGAGAGGUGGAGGCAGGAGGAUUAGGGGUUCAGGGCCAGCCUUGGCUACAUAGUGAGUUUGAGGCUAGCCUAGUCUGUGUGGAACCCUGUUUCAAAAACCAUGCCAAACAACAAUAAAAAUCAACCAAAGCUUAUUGUGCAUGAA